CAACCGCACACACUCCACACGCUCACACACCAUACCAUCACCGUGAGCACCAUUACUUCCAUCUGGGUCUCUCUGCUGGUAGCGUGCUUGAUACUCGGCGUGACGUGUGAUCUGUACACCUGUGACGAGACAGACACCAUCUAUAACAACAACAUCCUCAUCAUCAACAACAUGGCUCAGGCAAGUGCGGCUGCGGCCACGCUUCGGGGAAUCUCGCAGGUCAUCAAGGCUGUGCCGACGUCGGAUGGCGCAGGCGUGCGGCUGAUGCGGACGAUCGGGACGCGCAAGCUCGACUCGCUUGAUCCGUUUCUUCUGCUCGACGAGUUUAAGUCGGACGAUCCGAGCGGGUACAUUGCCGGCUUUCCCGACCAUCCGCACCGUGGCUUUGAGACGGUGACGUACAUGCUUGCUGGGCGGAUGGAGCACAAGGACUCGGUGGGCAACACCGGGAACUUGGUGCCGGGCUCAGUCCAGUGGAUGACGGCCGGCUCGGGCAUCAUCCACUCGGAGAUGCCCAAGAUGGAGGAGGGCCUCAUGUGGGGCUUCCAGCUGUGGUGCAACUUGCCGGCUGCGCAGAAGAUGACUCCGCCGCGGUACCAGGACAUUCCGCCGGAGGAUGUGCCCGAGGUGACGUCUGCGUCGGGCGCGACGGUCCGCAUCAUCGCUGGCGAGUUUGAAGGCUCGCCCGGCGCGGUGACUGGGGUGGCGACGGCCCCGUUCUACUUUGACAUUGCGCUGCCCGAGGCCGAGGCCAGCGUCUCGGUCCCUGUUCCGGAGGGGCACAACGCGUUUGUGUACGUGUUUGAUGGCGAAGUGAGCGUCGAUGGCACGACGGUGCCGUGCCACGCCCUCGGCGUGCUUGACGAUGGCGGCGCGGUCGAGGCGCGGGCCGUAGGCGGGCCGGCGCGCUUCCUGCUUGUCGGCGCCAAGCCGAUCGGUGAGCCCGUGGCUCGCCACGGGCCGUUUGUCAUGAACACCGAUGAGGAGAUCAUGCAGGCGUUUAUCGACUUCCGAAAUGGCGAGCUUGUGCAGCCGCAGUAGGAUUGCCAGUAAAGCAGAGCAGGUGCAGAC